CCCGUGAUCGCUAGAUAAGGAAUCCCUUCCUCAUGAAUCUGUGCGCCCACUAGUUCUUAUAAAGGUGGGGCACUACAUCCUGACAUCUUACGAGCUUGUGGAGGGUCUACAUCACCUUCUCCAUCGGCUAUAUUGCGAAGUACCUCCAAUCCAAGUCUUCGGGCCGAAGAAAACACCACGAUCUUCAUGAGCGGGACGCCAGAGAAACCCCAUGAUCUACGCCAGCAGCGCCAUAGCGCGGCAUCGACAGAGCCACAGUCUCGUGAUCUGUUUCUCGUAGAUCCUCUGGCCGAGAAACGCUCCAAAGCCAUCGAUCGAGCCCUCGAGCAAGAUGCGAAGGUUCGCGAAAGACAGUUCAACGUGCUACCGCUUGGUGCAUUCUCCAUGAGAGACGUAGUCAAGCAACUGAAAAGCUGUAGUAACACUGGCCUGACAGAGGCAGAGCUGAUGGAUUACCGCUACAACAUUCACCAAUGUGUCAUUGCCUGCACUAAAGCGCUGGUGGGCGUGGUAAAGAAUUCUGAAAUCCAGCUGGAAGAAGACGUCAGCGAUCGCUACGGCUUUCUAUGCGAUUUCAUCACGCUCCCCCAUGUCGAUGAAGCACUCAACGAAGAGGCCGGUCACGCCAUCGAUGCCUUGUGGAAGAACCCCUCUGUCAGCGCCGCCUUCCACUCCAGCGCCAAGUACGACCUGAAAGACUCCUCCGCAUACUUCUUCCACGCCAUCCGCAGAAUCGCCGCCCCGGACUACAUCCCCACAGAAGCCGACAUCGUGCAGUCCCACAAGGGCAUCCAGGGCGUCUGCUCGCACCGCAUCCUCGCCCACGGCUCAACCAUCAACCUCAUCGACGUCGGCACCCAGCGCUCCGAGCGCCGCAAGUGGAUGCACCACUUUGACGCCAUCACGGCGAUCCUCUUCGUCGCCGACCUCGCCUGCUACGACCAGGCGCCCUCCGGCACCAACGCACUGGCAGCGCAGAUCGGAUUGUUCGACAGCGUAAUCAACAACAAGGCGUUUGCGAACACCAUCUUCAUCCUGUUUCUGAGUAACGUCAGCGUGUUCCGGGCGAAGCUCCGCAGUUCCCCUCUUGCAGACCACUUUCCGGAUUUCAAGGGCGGUGAGGGCGGUGAGGAUGGGGAGCUGGCGGGUGAGUAUGUGCUGCGGCGCUUUUCGGGGGUGAAUCGCGGGGGGCGCAAGUUGUAUUCGUAUCUGGUGGAUCCUAACGUGGCCUCGAAUAUAGAGCUCGUGGUGGCUGCGAUUAAGGACAGUGUGCAUUGAGUAUAUUGAUUGGAUGGUAAUGUUGCUUGACAUGUUUGGUCUGCGGCUGUGUCCGAUCAGGGCGUCUCGACUCCUCGGGCUUGGUCUCGGAUGUCUUUUCAGGGAGUAUAUUACGAGGGUGGUAUUUAGGCUACGACUAUUGAUGGAACACUUCUCACCAAAACUAGUUUGC